AUGUUCCUCCCAGCCUCAUCUAGUCUCCCACUCCUUCCUCCGCCCUUCACCUCAAUCCUCUCAACCCACUACCCGUCGAGCCCAGCCAAUACCCAUGAUCAAUACUCGAACAAUCAGCCUUCUCAACGCCGCUCGAACCUACAUCAAUCCAAUCCUUCCUCCCUACGCAAUCCAAACUCCCUUCACAGCCUCCUCGUCGAUGAAUCCGUCAUCGCGUCCCGCAAAGCCGCAAUAUCAACAUAUGGCUAUUCAUGGCUGCGGCCCGCCGGCGUUGCUAAGACAAUGCUCGGGCGCAGAGAGGAGGAGGCUGAGCGAGAAGAGCUAGAGAGACAGAUGCGAGAACAGGAGGAGAUGGAGGCUGAGAUUGAGAGAGGCGAGCAGUUGGCGCGACAGGGAAGAUUGAGAGGAGAGCAGCUGCUGGAGGGGGAGGGUGAGGGUGAGGGUGAGGGUGCAGGUGCAGAAGGCGUGGGGCAGAGAAAUUUGGAUGAUGAUAUCCCAGACGCUGAUGAGGGACUCCCAACCCAACAGGAGAAUGGGGGCGAGGCACAGGAAGACGCUGGAGAUGUAGAUCUCGACGAUGAGAUCCCAGAUGCCGAUGCCGAUGACGCUGAUAACUCCUUGCUCGAAGACGACAGCAAUGUCGAAGGCGAAACAGGCAUCACAGACGAAGUCGAGCUUACUAACAUACGAGAGACAGACACUUUACCACGACUCGCCCCAACCACCACAAGACCCGCCCCUGGCACCCAGAACCGCGGCGCAUUACCCAGUCCAACCGUCACCCAACAGACAACUCCGCAGGCCAGGCAAGCAAUUCACCAAGCCUACCUCCGCCGCCGAGAACUAGAGCAGCAACAAGCCGAGCAAGAAGCCCUAGCCCACGCCAUGCUGGACGAGGACGAACAAGCCCUCGCCGAGCGAGAUCUCGAUGCCGAAAUCCCCGACGAAGAUCUCGACGAAAACGAAAUCGGAAUACAGGCCCCCGAUCUCGAUGACGAUAUCCCCGAAGCGGAUGACGAUGGGAUCGGCGAGGGCGAAUGGCAGCACACCGACACGGAGCUGGAGGAAGAUGAGAGCGCCGUUGCCAUGUUGAUGGAAGACGACGAGGGUGGAGACGUGAGCAUGGAGAUGAGUGUCAUCGACGGAGGAGGAGGAGGAGGAGGGCGGAGAUCUGUUGCCGGGAACGUGCUGGCUACACCUGCCAGCUUGGAGGGUUCUUCGAUGCUACACACUCCUCCUACGACGGGAGAUGUGGGCAGCGGUGCGAGGGGCUGGUUGAACCGGACAUCGAUUCCUGGGAGGGGAGGAGCUGGCAAUCUAUUCGCGCGCAUCACUGGCAGCGGAAGGGGUGGUGGGAGUGGGAGUGGGAGUCCUCAGGCGCCUGCAACGCGCCUCCAGCCUCAGACGGAAGGCACCUCUGUACAAGAGCAGGGCCAGGGACAAGGUCAGGGACAAGGUCUGCAGCAGGUGAGAAGGAGAAGUGGCCGGCAUGGCCUACGGCGCGAGAAUAGAAGCGUGAGGGAUAGUUUGGACUGA